CGACGGACACCUUGUUGGCCACUUUUAUGUGGUGCUUUUAGAAAACAACAGAAAAACGAGCACCUUGCUGGUCGCAAGCACCCUGAUGACUGGCACUUGCAAAGUCGCCAGCCAACAAGGUGCCCAUCCCUCACAGGUAUAAAGCGGACGUAACCUCAGCUGAGUGAGCGAGGCUUGGACUGUGAUGCCUCUGAACGGGCAGCUGGUGGCAUUUUGUCACAUGCCGACACGCACAGCCUGAGCGUUGACUCGAGCCCAGACGCCGCGACAAGAGACCUCCAUCGCCAGCCGCACACAGCUAGGAGCUGUCCGGCCAAUGGGAGCCCUGGCAAUUACCAAGCUCGGCUCCCCUGGCGCGCUCCCCGCCAAACCCCGACCCCAGGCUAAGGCGAGCCGAGGGAGGCCGAGGUAACCGGGCUGACAUCAUGGGGCCGCCGGGGUUCAGCCCCUGUCUCCCCGCUGCGACCGCGACGGCCUGGGGUCAGCUGGACGCUGGACGCUCGGUAAAGGUGCCCGCAAUUGUUUGAUCCCUUGGUUCGUAGAGGCCUGGACAAAAAAAAGCCGAGAGUCGCGCCUCGAUCCCAAGCCGUGCUUGACCUUGAGCUUUCCGUACUCGAACUCUUUCACCUUUUCCCAUUCCUCACUAUCGUUCUUGACGGACACCCAACCCAUCCUCCCUCAGACAAACGCGUGAGCUGCUUCUGAGCCGCCCUUGAGCCUCCACCACAGCUCAGGAUUACACAGCCAGUAGUACGCGCGACUUCUCUGAUUACACACAACACAAUGGCUGUCGGCGUCCCCGAAAAGACCUUCUCCCGCGAGGAGGUCAAGAAGCACAACACCGAGGACAGUGUUUGGUUCAUCAUCGACGCCGUCGUCUACGAUGCGUCCGAGUUCCUGGACGCCCACCCUGGCGGCGAGGCAGUCCUCCGACAGGUCGCUGGCACCGAUGCCACAAGCGCUUUCUACAACCUCCACAGGCAUGAGGUGCUCACAAAGUACGCCGACCUCGCCAUCGGCACCGUCGCGGGGGAGAAGCCAUCCGUCAUAACGCCCAAGCCCGGAGACCUCUCGCUGGUGCCCUACGCCGAGCCGCUCUGGCUCACGCCGACCUUCAAGAAUCCCUACUACAAGGAGAGCCACCACCGGCUGCGCCGGGCCCUACGCGAGUUCGUCGACACGCACAUCACGCCCGAGGCCCAGCAGAAGGAGCGCGACGGCACCCGCAUCUCGCAGGAGCUGAUCGAGAAGAUGUCCAAGGCCGGGGUCCUGCAGAUGCGCAUGGGGCCCGGCCGCCACCUGCACGGCGUCGACCUGCUGGGCGGCGCCGUCGACGGCAAGGAGUUCGACUACUUCCACGACCUCAUCAUGGCCCAGGAGCUGUCCCGCUCAAACGCCCGCGGCUUCCAGGACGGCAACAUGGCCGGCAUGGUCAUCGGCCUGACGGCCAUACUCAACUACGCCAACGCCCCGCUCCGGGACCGCAUCGCCGCCGAGGUCUUUAGCGGCCAGAAGAUGAUCUGCCUGGCCAUCACCGAGGCCUUUGCCGGCAGCGACGUCGCCCGCCUGCGCACCACGGCCGUCAAGACGCCCGACGGGAAGCACUACAUCGUCAACGGCACCAAGAAGUGGAUCACCAACGGCAUCUACAGCGACUACUUCGUCACGGGCGUCCAGACGGACCAGGGCCUCAGCGUCCUGCUGAUCGAGCGCGGCGAGGGCGUCGAGACCAGGGCCAUCAAGACCAGCUACUCGCCCACCGCCGGCACCACCUACAUCACCUUCGACAACGUCAAGGUGCCCGUCGAGCACCUCCUGGGCAAGGAGAACAAGGGCAUCUACGUCAUCCUGAGCAACUUCAACCACGAGCGCUGGACCAUGGCCUGCGGCACCAUCCGCAACUGCCGCACCGUCGUCGAGGAGUGCCUCAAGUGGGCCCACCAGCGCCUGGUGUUUGGAAAGAGGCUCAUCGACCAGCCCGUCAUCCGGCAAAAACUCGCCAAGAUGAUCGCUCUCGUCGAGGCCCACCAGUCGUGGCUCGAGACCAUCACGUACCAGAUGUGCCACAUGCCCUACUCGGAGCAGGCCAAGCACCUGAGCGGCCCCAUCGGCCUGCUCAAGAUGAGCGCCACGCGCAUGGCCCACGAGAUCGCCGACGAGUCCGUCCAGAUCUGGGGAGGCCGGGGCCUGACCCAGACCGGCAUGGGCUACAUCAUCGAGAACUUCAACCGGACGUACAAGUUCGAUUCCAUUCUGGGUGGCGCGGAGGAGGUGUUGGGCGAUCUUGGUGUGAGGCAGGCGAUGAAGAACAUGCCCAAGGCAAUGCUGUAAAGGACUUUCAACGUCUUAGUAGGGGGAACCAACCCGUCGCGAGAUUUCCCCGUUCAGCCAAGAUCAACACAUUCAAUACCCUCCAUUCAUACCAUGCCCGCUUAUGAUACCCCCGACAUACCGUGUGACAUCGAGCAGAACACGGAUACUGAAUUCACAG